UUUCCACGGCCAACGAAUACGCCUGCAAGGGGCUGGAUAAACUGGAGGAGAAGCUGCCCAUCCUGCAGCAGCCCACGGAAAAGCUCAUCUCGGACACAAAGCAGCUGGUGACUUCCACUGUGACGGGGGCCAAGGAUGUUCUCACCAGCACCAUGGCUGGGGCCAAGGAUGCGGUGACCAGCCGGGUAACGGGUGUGAUGGAUAUGACCAAAGGGGCCGUGCAGGGCAGCAUGGAGCUGACCAAGUCUGCGGUGACCAGCGGCGUCAACACGGUCAUGGGCUCGACUGUGGGCCAGAUGGUGGUGAGCGGGGUGGGCUCUGUGCUGGAGAAGUCGGAGGAGCUGGUGGAUCACUACCUGCCCAUGACGGACGAGGAGCUGGCCCAGCUGGCCCCAGCAGUGGAAGGCUUUGAAACGGACCAGCAGAAGCAGCAGCAGAGCUACUUUGUGCGCCUGGGCUCGCUCUCCACCAAGCUGCGGCACCGUGCCCUCCAGCACUCGCUGGGCAAGCUGCAGAGCGCCCGCCAGAGCAGCCAGGACGUGCUGGCCCAGCUCCAGCGCACCCUGGACCUGGUGGAGCACCUCAAGCAGGGCAUGGACCAGAAGCUGCAGGGAGGCCAGGAGAAGCUGCAGCAGAUGUGGCUGGAGUGGAGCAAGAAGCAGCCAGGAGGUGGCAAGGACCUGGUGCAACCGGAGCAGGUGGAGUCAGGCACCCUGGCUGUGCUGCAUGGCUUGACGCAGCAGCUCCAGAGCACGUGCCAGCCCCUGGUGUCCAGCCUGCAGGGCCUCCCAGCUGGCAUCCAGGACAAGGCGGGCCAGGUCCGGCAGAACGUCGAGGAGCUCCGGGCCGCCCUCGCCAACGUCGCCUCCUUCCAGGAUGUGACGGGUAGCGUGCUGGCCCAGGCCCGGAGUCGUGCAGCCAAGGCCCGCGAGCUCAUGGAUGAGCUGGUGGAGCACGUGGCCCACAACACCACCCUGUCCUGGCUCGUGGGGCCCUUCGCCCCCCCGGGCCAGCGCCUGGUGGAUAUGGAGAUAUCCAAGUAGCAGCUGCUGCCUCCGGGCCGGGCUUAUAUCUGCCCUGC